AUGUCUGAAACUACUGAAAACACAGCUACCUUACAAAAAUACCUUACCCUUGAUCAAAGAGGUAAAAUCCUUGCUGAAUAUAUCUGGAUUGAUGGUUCAGGUUCAAUUCGUUCAAAAGGUCGUACUUUAAACAAGAAAAUUUCAUCUGUUGAUGAUUUACCUGAAUGGAACUUUGAUGGUUCUUCAACUAAUCAAGCCCCAGGUCAUGAUUCUGAUGUUUACCUAAGACCUGUUGCUUAUUAUCCAGAUCCUUUUAGACGUGGUGAUAACGUUAUUGUUUUAGCUGAAUGUUGGAAUAAUGAUGGUACUCCAAAUAAAUUCAAUCAUCGUCAUGAAUGUGCUAAAUUAAUGGCUGCUCAUAAAUCUCAAAAAGUUUGGUUUGGUUUAGAACAAGAAUAUACUUUAUUUGAUCAAUAUGAUAACGUUUAUGGAUGGCCAAAAGGUGGGUUCCCAGCUCCUCAAGGUCCUUAUUAUUGUGGUGUUGGUUCCGGUAAAGUUUAUGCUCGUGAUGUUAUCGAGGCCCAUUAUAGAGCUUGUCUUUAUGCUGGUAUUGAAAUCUCUGGUAUUAAUGCCGAAGUUAUGCCAUCUCAAUGGGAAUUCCAAGUUGGUCCUUGUGAAGGUAUUGAAAUGGGGGAUCAAUUAUGGGUUGCUCGUUAUUUAUUACAUCGUGUUGCUGAAGAAUUUGGUGUUAAGAUCUCUUUCCAUCCAAAACCUUUGAAAGGUGAUUGGAAUGGUGCUGGUUGUCAUACUAAUGUUUCUACUGAAUCAAUGAGACAACCAGGUGGUAUUAAAUAUAUUGAUGAUGCUAUUGAAAAAUUGGCCAAACGUCAUAAAGAACAUAUCUUGUUGUAUGGUUCUGAUAAUGAUCAAAGAUUAACUGGUCGUCAUGAAACUGCUUCAAUGACUUCGUUCUCUUCAGGUGUUGCUAAUAGAGGUGCUUCUAUUAGAAUCCCAAGAUCUGUCGCUAAAGAAGGUUAUGGUUAUUUCGAAGAUCGUCGUCCUGCUUCAAAUAUUGAUCCUUAUUUAGUUACUGGUAUUAUUGUCGAAACUAUUAUUGGUGAAAUUGCUGAUGCUGAUAUGUCUAAAGAAUUCCAAAGAGAAUUGAGUGAUUUUUAG